UCCGAUUGUGAACAUUCAUAAAUGGUUAAAAUUGUGCAUACUGGAUUUUGUUCAAUAACAAAUAAAUUAUAGUUAAUUGAAGUGAAAUGUUUAUAAUUAAUUAUGUUUUGUUCAUACUGGUGUGGACUGUAUUAGUUGUUACAGCAACUGAAUUGAACAAAUAUGAAGGUGAUUUCUGUACCGAUUCAAAAAAUGCAGUGGGCAGGUGCACCCCGUUUGAUUUGUGUGCAGGGGUGCAUUCGACUAUUUACAAUUACGAUACCAGACCUAUCCUGUGCGGAUUCAAAGGAAACACUCCGGUAGUCUGCUGUACUUCUGAAAAUUUAGGACUACCGCCUGAUAAAGUUGUACCGAAAAAAGUUGGAGAUCUUGCCCUCGAACAUUGUAACAAAUAUAGUUUGUUAACGCACUUGUGGGUGCCAUCAUUAUUGUACAAUUUUAAUGGAACCCUAAUAGACAUGUGCAGACAAACGCCGCAGAAUAAUUCAGAUCUUCCUUAUCCAAAUCCAGUGCCUAGGGAAUAUCCUUACAUGAUUGCCUUUGCUGUAGGUCCAUUGGAAAACAUAGAUUAUGUCUGCUCCGGAGCUUUGAUUAGUGAUCAGUAUGUGUUGACAACUAUUUCGUGUGCCAAGGAUCCAAUGCGAGGAUUUAUUAAAUGGGCAGUAGCAGGAGACUAUAAUCUGUAUGAUGAUUUGGAUGAUGCAGUGCCUGAGUUAAGUGAAGUAGCUUACAUUUUUACCAACACACAAUCCAGUUCGGACUUGGCUGUUGUUAAACUUAAACACAAAUUUCAGUUAACUAGGUAUGUUAUUCCUGCUUGUUUACCUACAAGUAACGAAAAUGUGAACAAGGCUUUUGCCACUGGAUGGCAUUUGACAAAAUAUCAAGGGGAUAUGAGUAAAGCACUACUUCAAAUAAAAUCUCAAUCAGAAUGUCAAUAUUUAAUGCAAGGAAGAAAUUCUCGUAGUAACGAACCAAAAGUAUGUGGAAAACCUGCAAUGAAAGCUGAUUAUUGCCAGAGAACAAUUGGUGAUCCACUAGUAGCUCAUCGACCUGGAAUUUAUUGUAUGUAUGACGUUAUAGGUAUCACUUCAUCUCCUGGUGAGCCAUGUGAUGAUGCCAGUAUAUUUGCCGAUGUCAAAUCAAACAUUGCCUGGAUUGAGCAAGUGGUUUGGGGAGAAGGAAAACCAUCGAACACUCUCAACCAAGCAAUCCAAAAUAAUAUAAAAAUGUAUAAUGUCGCCGAUAUGUCAGCCUUACAAUCUUUUGCGGGACCAGAUAGAUCACCUAUCAAUCAUCCCGAUAAUAGUUUUAAUACAACGGGAGCGUUUGAUUCGACUAUAAAUUAUAAUUCGACUAGAUGGCAGAAUCGAAGAAAACCGCCACCUUUGAUAAGACCCAAUCAUCAUAUACAAACCGUUCAGAACAACACCAGCACCAUGUGCCCCAUGGCAUCAGGAGGUCAAAUGAAAUCAGAUUGCAACUUUCAACAAAUUUCAACUGACACUGCAUCCAGUUUCAGUUCUAUCAAUGAUAGACGACCGCAAGAAAACUCACCAGAAGACAGUACACCAUAUGCUUUUGAAAUUUCUGAUAUGAAUAGAAUAGUUUCUCAGCCGAUUGGCCAGCGAAUAAACGUUGAGCCUAAUAUGCAACAGAAUAUUCCAAAGACAGUUUCCAUAACAAAUGGAUCAAUUAAUCAGAUUCAAAAACAGAUUUUGUGGCAUCGUACUGGUAAUACAUAUAUCCAAACUGGCAUACGAACGAUCGGAUCCAAUGAAAAAAACACCCAAAAAUCCGGACGACAGAAUUCUGGCAGACAAAGUGUAUCCAUAAAGGAUCUUAUAGAAACCCAAAGAAUUUACAACUUUGGCCAGCACACGUGGUCCAACAAUGACCAAACGAAUAGAAAUCGACUUAUUAUGCCGAAUAAUUAAAUUGUAAA